AUGGGUCCUCGGAUGCUUCUGUUCGGCCUUGUUGCCGCCCUAGCCGCGGCAACCCCGCUGAAACGACAGGAAAGAACAACUGUCGACCCCGCCGUCUACAAGAAGCUGGUGGACUACGCCGCCUUUCCAACGAUGAGCGCAACCGACCCUGGCAGCGCGGCUCUGGACGCGAACUGCAGCGUGACCCUCGUCCGCUACAUAAACCAACAGAGCACAGACACCCAAGCCGCAGUGUGGCUGCGGAAGAGCACGCGGGAAAUCAUCAUCGGCAUCCCGGGGACCAACGGCCUGAGGGAUGCGCUGACGGACAUUGAGGUUCUCCCCAUACCGUACAUUUCGCCGUCGAUCCGCUGCCCCGGCACCUGCCUCGUCCACGCGGGCUUCCUGCUGGCGUGGAACUCCAUCGAGGGCCAAGUGAUCGACGCCGUCUCCUUGGCGCUCGAGCAGAACCCCGGGUUCUCCGUGGUGAUUAGCGGCCACUCGCUGGGCGGCGCCAUUGCGAACCUGGCCUUUGCGAGACUGAAGAACGGGCCCUUUAACACAACGGGUGCCUACACGUACGGCCAGCCAAGGGUUGGAAAUCGGGAAUUUGCCGAUUACAUCGACAGCUUAUCCAAGGCCAGCGACAGUGAGGCAGGGUCGUACAACAGGGUCACCCAUGCCGAAGACGGUGUACCUCAUGCUCUCCCCAUGUUUCUUGGGUAUCAGCACCCGCGUGGUGAAUAUUGGGAGUCUGCGCAUGAGCCACAAUCGGAUACCACGUACCGAUGCCUCGAACGGGAGUCUUCAAAGUGUUCCAGAUCGACGACAACCUUCCUCGAGCUAGCGAUCAAGGCUAUCUUCGAGACUCUCGGGAAGCCGCUUCUUGGGUUUCCUUUUCUCCCCACUAUCAUCGGUGUCUUUCUCAAUUCGGACCAUGGAACUUAUGCGGGCCUAACACCCCUCUGUAAGGUGGCUCAAUAG